AUGGCCAAAACAUUAUUCGUCAACGGCCGGAUCCUGUCCAAGACAGUGACGGGCCUCAACGGCAACGCCUACUUCUCAGACUGCAUGCUCAUCCAAGACGAAAAGAUCGCCGCAGUCGGGUCUCGCGAUGAGAUCUCCCAGAAUCUAGGUUCAGACAUCCAGAUUCGCGAUCUUGAUCAGCGUGUUGCUCUUCCCAGUUUCAUCGAUGGUCACAUGCAUCUCCUCCUCCUCGGCCAAUCACUCCGAAAGCUUGAUCUGUCGCGAUGCACUUCACUUGAGGACAUCCGAUCAUGUAUCCAAAAAUACGCUGCUGAAAACCCAGACACACCAACUAUUCUUUGCACAGGAUGGAGGCAUCACAUGACGCCUGGUGGAGUUACAGCCGCGAUGCUGGAUGAUCUUGAUCCACGGCCUAUUUUCGUCGAUUCGGGCUCUUUACACUCUUGCUGGUGUAAUACUGCGGCUUUGAAGGAGCUUGAGGUUGAUGAUAUGCCAGAUCCAGCUGGUGGCAAGAUUUAUCGUGAUGCAGAUGGAAAGCCAUCUGGUCUUUUGGAUGAAGGCGCCAUGAUGUCAAUCAUUUGGCCAUUCCAAGCAAAGUCAUCCCCCAAGCAUGAACGAAUAGAGGCGAUUCGCGCGGCCGUGAAAGAGUAUAACGCAGCUGGCUACACCGGCGCAGUCGAAAUGGCCAUGGACGAAGAAGCUUGGGACGCUCUCGUGACGCUCAAAGAAACAGAACCGAAUCUUCCACUACGACUAGCAGCUUAUUGGCUUAUCAAACCAACUGCCAACCUCGAGAAAAACUUAAAACAAGUGCAGCGCGCCAUCGAGCUGAGCAAGCAGUACAACUCGACAACAAGUCCUGAUCUUCGACUUGUCGGAAUCAAGGUCAUCACCGACGGUAUUGUCGACGCAUGCACUGCCUACCUCUCUGAGCCGUAUGCCACUGCUGGAAACCCGCCACCUAUUUGGGAGCCUGAGUUCCUUGACCCCGUUGUCAAAGAGGCUGAUGCUGGUGGCUUACAAGUUGCCUUACACGCUAUCGGCGACGGUGCUGUCAGAAUGGCCAUCGAUGCUAUUGAGAAGCACGCUACCCCAGGUCGAAGGCACAGAAUCGAGCACUUGGAGCUCGUUUCUCCAGAAGACGCCAAGAGGCUUGGAAAACUUGGUUUAACAGCAUCCAUCCAACCAAUCCACUCAGAUCCAACAGCCUUAACAGCAUGGCCUGAACUCCUUGGAGAAGAGCGAUAUGGAAGAGCGUUUGCUUAUCGAGAGUUCGCUGAUGCAGGUGCCUUGAUGGCGAUUGGUACUGAUAGCCCUACGGCACCGUGGUCGCCUAUGCCUAAUUUCCAUGUCGCUAUCAACAGGCAGUCCUCCAAGAAUCCGGAGAACCCUAAGGUAGUACACGAGCAUUUUCGGUUAGGUUUGUGUGAGACUUUUGUCGCGGCUACAGAAGGUGCAGCGCGAAGUGUGUUUGCUGAAGACCGUGUUGGAAGCUUGACACCUGGAAAACUGGCUGACUUUAUUGUUGUUGAUAUGGAGUGGGAUCCUAAGACGUUGCUGAAAGCUGAGGUGAAGGAGACUUGGUUCGGAGGAUCUCGGGUAUUUUGA